AUGGCGCUGAGUGGACCGGGCGGUCAGGUGCCCAUCAAUCUGCCCAGGAGUUACAGCGUUGGGUCCAGCGCCGCCUCCAGCCACGGUGGCGACGACUACAGUGAGCUUCUGAGGGCGGCGUCAGUCCGAAGCUUGGGCAAGAAAGUGGAACUCGAUUUGGAGGCGAGGAAAUCGCCGAAGAACGUGCCGAGAAGCCAGAGCGUGGGAAUUGGGAGAAUCGACGAAGACAAAACUUAUGAAUUUGAAGAUGAAUUCAAGGGGAGUAAUCUUAAUAAUUUGUAUCCUAGAAGCAAAAGCUACGCUGUUCAUACUCAUAGAAGAUCAUCGAGACGGGCGUAUUAA